UAUAUGGACCGUGAACAAACUCCGAACGCGCCACUUCUUCCGCCGCCGAUGCGGCCAACGGUACAUCAGGAUGACGCAGACGAAGAAGACGAAACUGUGAAGCAGCUCAACGAGUGCUCUUCUGUCUACUUAUCAUUACAGGAUUGUCUGAUCAAUUCUGACCGGAAUUGGAAAUCUUGUCAAAAAGAAGUUCAGGCUCUCAAGGCGUGUAAUGAUAGAAGACAGAAAGACAAGAGGAGUUGAGAAGCGUUUUGUUCUUCAUCGUUGAGGCAGUUUUCUGAAGUUGGAGUCUUACAGUUACUUUUUCUGCUGAUUUUUUCCCCAAUGGGGGCUAAGAAAGAUACACAAUGAUGACUGACUAUUGACUGUUGCUGGAAUUAAUAAACUGA